UCUCUCUUUCUUUCUUCAUUCCACUCUCGUCGUCUUCGUACACCUCCUCAACUCCUACUUCUGACUAACCCCUGCUCUCUACCGCGGGAUGUCUAGAACGCAAACUUCUCGCGGGUCCCCGUCGUUUUUGAACACCUUCCAGACUUAGAUCCUGCCACACCGGGUCUGAGAACUAUGCGUAUAACGAAACUGAAAGACCUUCAGGUAACAGUGCUUCGCAAGCAUAUCGUGUCGUUUCUUCGUGAUAUCUCUGCCUAUGAUUCAAUAGCUGGCGAUGAAGAAUGGACAAGUCGCUCGCGUUCUUAUCUUCGACCAUCUACCUCCAUGGAAUGUCCCUUGAACCCAUGGUGUGAUUCCUUCCCGGAGCAUGCCGACGUCGACAAUACCCUUCUACGUUACCGUGUUCAGCCACGCUAUACUUCUGCUCUCCGUCGCAUUACCGAAAUUAAUAAACGCGGAACUUUUCCAUCGAGACAUACGCUCGCAGAGCGCGCAUCUUCGUUACACCUGCCCGAAGCACGUUCUGUUCAUGGAUUUUUUCCUACUCCACAAAAUUGCCACAUCACCAACUUGUUCGACGGCCACACAAACUUUGGCGCAAGUCGGCUGUUGGGGAAACCCUUUCGGACUCCGCUACAAAAACAUCUUCCUUCAAAAUCGGGACUCCUGCAGUCUGUGAACCCGACAGCACGAAUAUCGUUUUUAAAAUGAACGCUCCAUCAGUCGUACAGGAACGUAUAGAAGAAGAUUUCUUCUCGAGUUUGACCCUAAUAAUUAUUCCGAGACGCAGAAAUACUGCGACGCGCUCGCGCAUUACUGCCGACAAGCUUUCUUGAACCCUGGUUUGACUUUCGAAAUCACCAUAACA